AUUUUAAAAUUUUUCAGUUUUAGUAUGGAUUCAAGUAAAUGUACUACAGCAGAAAGUACGCCAGUAAAGAGAGAUGACACAAAAGGUCAGAAAAUGCAACAUGGGAUGAUGGCUUUAAUACGUGUCAAUCCAUCUCAACAGACUUAUGAGAUAAUUGAAUGUGAAGAUGAAAAGAAAAAAUGUACUUUAUCAGAAUGCAGUGCCUCUCCUGUUGAAAGUUUAAUUGAAGAUGAACAAAAUAUGCAAAAUCAGAUGUUAACUGUUAGUGGUGAAGAUUCAGAAUGUGAACAGAUAUGGGAAAUUCAAGAUGAACUGAAUACACUUGAUAGUUUUUUUAGAGCACAUGUUACUGCUUUAAAAAAACAAAUUGAAACUGCUUGUCAGGAAUUCACUUUAGCACAAAAGAAAUAUAAAACAUUAGAAAAAGAAUAUGUAAAUGCUAAAGUUGAAUUUCUUCAGAAGUUAGAACAGAAAGAACAAUUGCAAGAAAACCUGCAUACUGUUAUUCAACAGUAUGAAGCUCACAGAGCUGUUAAGUUACACGAGCUUGAACAACGGCUUAGGAAAUUUAUUUUGAGUCGUGAUGGAAAGAUAAAGCAAGAAAAACAAAAUCUCUUGAAUGAAAGAAAUUUCAACAAGGUCAAUAACAUCCAUGAAAAUAUUGAUAAGAAACAGCUAAGUCAAAGUGAUGAUGGAAGUAAUCACAUCAAGAAUGAGAAUGAUGCAAGUCCAAAAGAGCAAGUUUAAUAUAAAGAUACAUAUUGCAUCUUAUUUGUUCCUGGUUUGUCUUUCAAAAAUUAGGACAUAUGCCAAUAUGUCUUGUUUGAUAUCUGCUCUGAACAAAUUGUUCAAUUAUUGAUAAAUUAAUGUCCAAAGUUUGACUAUGAUGAUGAUGAUGAUUCAUUAGUGAAUAAUGAUGAAUAUUUUGUUUCAUCUAUUGGUAAAUUCUCUAAUUUUUUUAGUUUCAAAUAUAUAUACAUAUAUAUAAGAUGUUCUCAUUCAAUAAUCUAAUUUUAUUUUGUUAAUUUAUAAUUAAGAUUUCCACUGAAGCUAUAUUCAGAUGCAGAAUUAGUCUCAAAGUACUGGUAAAAAUCAGCCAAUCAUUUUACUGUUUAAUACUCAUAGAAAGGGAAAAUUGUUUUAUUAACAUCUGCAUUAAGACAUAUCUAUUUUUUAAUAUAUCUAUGUAUUAUUUGCCUUUAAGAAUUUAUCUUUAUGAAACAGGGAUUUACAUUUUCAUAAAUAUAUAUAUAUAUUUUAAAUGUAGUUAUUGCUACAUAGUUUUAAAAUUUUACUGUUAGAAUGAAAUUGUUGCUUGUUUUAUUUUUGAAUUUUUCCCUCAUAUCUAAAACACUUUUUAUAUUUUUAUUAACAUGAGAUUUUAAAUAAUCAAAUUGGCCAUUUUCUCACUUGUGAGUAUAGACGAAUAGAUUUUUUUAAUGAUUUCUACGAAUCUGCAUUAAACCAAUUCAUAUGCUAGUAUGAAGGAUAAUUACAUUUCUACAUACAUAUAUUUUUGUAGAUUGAGUAUUUGGAAAUGUAUUUUGUAGUGUAAUUAAAUUAUGUAAUUAGUUAUAUGCACAUAUUCACUGUUAAGGAUAGUUUAUUCCAGAACUAAAUUAUAAUUUUAAACAAUCUUAAUAUUUCAGUUGAAUGAUUUUAUUGAUUACAUAAUAAGUUUAAUAUUAGCGUAAUCAAAGUAAUUAAGAUUAAUUAAAUUAUUUGUCAACAUUCUGUAUAUAAAUAAUUUGGUUCUGUUUCAUACAAAAAAUUUACUUAAUUUGAUAGGAACAUUUAUCUAAUAAUAUGUUAACAUAUUUUCAAUAAUUUAUACCGCACACUUAAACAAUUAUGUGAAGGUUGUGGCAGGCUUUAUUAUUAAAUAUUACUGGACUGGCCAACAGAUCAGUCACAGAUCUCUUGGCAAUGUGUUUUCUAUGAUAGUUUACCAGUUAAAAUGAAUGAAAUGUAGUUGAUAACACACAAAAAUACAUUUUGUUAUUAUUUUACAAGUCUUAAAAUUUGUUAAUUUAAUGUUUUAUUCAUCUUGCUUAGAAUAGCUUCUCAGGACAAUGAUCGGGAACUAACUACUGCCAUACACCAAAGUUAGUAUUAUUAUUUUUGGUUUUUUAAUAUUUUGCAAAUUGAUAUCAAAAUUUUAAAGGUACUGCAGGGAAUUAGAUCAUGUGAAUGUUUCUUUCUUAUCAGUAUUGUCUGACCAACUUAUCUGUGCACAUUUUCAAUUAUUGAUAUCUAAAUUUAUUUUAAAUGCAUUUCGCUCAUAACAGGAUUGUUGGUUAAUUAGUUGUGAUGAUUUUGAAUUCAUUAACACGAAACAGAAACAUGUUUAAUGAAAUUCUAGUCAUAAAGCAAGCUUAUGUAUUUUCAACAAAUUAUUAUAUGAAAAAUAUUCUAGUCAAUAAAUACUCUUACAAUAAAAUAGAUUGUUCCAAAAAAUAUGAUGUGUGUAAAAUAAAUAUAGCUAAAAUAAUAUCCAACUAACUUAUUUUUACAAAAUCUUAUUUUAACUAAGGUCAACAAUUCCAUUUAUAUCACUCUUUGGAAUAAAAUGUCCUUAACAGUAAAUUAUUUAUAUGUUAACAAUCACUAUUUAUUAUAAUGUUGUACAUAAGUUAUUUUAUUUGAAUUUUUAAUUCUGACAAAGAUUGCUGUUAGAAAAUGAAGGUAACACAUUUUUAAUAAAAUUAUAAGAAAUCUUUUAAUCACAGAUAAUCCAUUUUAAAAUCCAAAAACUUACGUUAAUCAAAAAUAUGUUUUUUACCACAGGAAAGUUAUUUUUAUUAUGAGUUUAUUAUUCAAACCAUGUAUUAUUAUCUCAUACUAAUCAUAUAUCACAAAAAUAUUUAUUUUUUUUGAGUUAUAAUCUUUAUUUGAAUUAGUUGUUGUUGUAUGUGUUGUUAAUGAUUUUUAAUUAUUUAAGCUAUUGGGUAUGAAUUAAAAUAUUUCUUCCAAUGAUGUAAAAUUAUUUAAAAUUUUAUUAUUGUUGAUUUAGUGGCCUAUAAAUGUAACUAGAUUUUACUGUGAAGGAGCAAUGGCUUCCAUCAUUAUCGUGAUAAAUAUUUAAUGCGAUUUGGCCAAUUAUUUUCUUAAGAAUAUACAUUAUCUAGUCAUUUAAAAUGUAAAUUUGAUUUUAUAUAUAUAUGUAUAUACAUAAAUGUGUAUAAAUAUGCACUAGAAAUACACAAUUUAUUGUCACCACAUUGCACAGUGCCUUAUUCUUUAACGGUAUUUCGAUUACCGUUUUGAACAUACCAUAAAUAUCUUUUAAGUACACCAAAAUGUAGGAAAGUGUUAAAUUUGUGCCAUCAAAUGCAAAUUAUAUAUAAAUAAAUAUACGUAUAAUACACCGAUAUUUCUAUUACUGCAAUAACAUUCAGACAGGAAGUAGUGUUAAUUGCACAACUGUGAUUUUUUUAGACUGGUCACUUAAUUGUUUUAAUUCUGAUAUGUGCCUUUUAAAUGAUCUUCAUGUAACUUUGUUAUUCUGUAUCGAUUUAAAAAAUAAAAAUAUAUUGCUUAUGUUCACGAAA